GGGAGCUGAAAGUUUGUCUGCUGGGGGUGAGUGCUCUGCGCGGGGCACGGCGGCGGGAGGGAGGUGGCUGUCCGCCCCGCGCCCUUCGCUGCGGAGAUCGCCGGGCACGGCCUUCUGGUGGCUCUGAGUGCCGGGCCCUGCCCUGCUGGGCGCUGGGCCGCGGCCCCGCCGGAGCUGGGGCUGGUCCCGGUGCCGACUGUCCGGCCCCGGCAGCGGAGGGCGGGGAACCGUGCUGAGUGGGGACGAUCGUCCCCUCACGGGAAGAUGCCACUGCUGUACUUCAGCGUUAUCGUCUGAAAAGGAGCGGAGAGGAGGCCGGGCGGGCGGUGGGCGCUUUCGUGCAUCCCAAGCACGCUGACUCGGGCUUGGAGGUCGCAAAUAUCCAAAAUCAAACUCGAAAGAGAAGGGUGGAAGUAGAACUUUAUUCGUUUAAUGGUAUAUUUAGCUUUUGAAAGUGCUUGAAGCAUAGCAGUGGGGAAGGAGGAGACUUGGAGCAAAGUGACGUCGAAGUUUCAAAAUCUCUGGAAGAAGCCGAGCGCUGCCGUCCUGUGGGUCCGCUCCGGGGCUGUGCUGCGGAGCUGCUGUGGGAAGCGGUGGAGUGCCCUGCGCCUCGGUCCUGUGCUGGGGACAUCGCAGGCAGCGUUCUUAGGGCUCCCAGAUGGCCCCGCUGCCCUUUGGAGGGAAAACUGUUUCUGUGCUGAUGUGAUGUGAAACAACCUGGGGCAGUGCAGUGUUCCUGUCUGCUGUGCGUUCACCCUGUCCUGUAAGUGUUUCCUCAUCUAAGAAGAGGAGAGGAAGCACCUAAGAAAAGUGAUUCCCAAACUCCAAGAGCCAGGAGCUGUGUCUGCCUUUCUCUUUAAAUAUUUACGUUGUACGUCAAGAUUGCAAAUAUUAUAAGGUACAAAACCAAGGUCAUGCACUGUCACUGAGAGGAGGGCAGUUUAAAAAGAUGAAUGAGUAGCGUAAAACUUCAUUUUCGGUGAAGUGUCUUUGUUUAUUUUCUUAAUACUUUAUUGAUUCUGGAGAUAUAAAGCGAAAGAUGGUUAUUACCUGCCCGGAUAAAUGACCAUUUGGAAUGUCCAGCUGCUAUUGGGAAUGGCUUUCAUGCUGAUAGCGCAUCAUUUUGCUCCUAGAUAUGCCUACUAUUAUUUUUUUAACAAUCAAGUUGAUGGUACAAAUACGAAGGUGACAUGAAAUUUUUGUGUGAUAUUUCCUCUUCUUCCAUGUACAACCCCGUAGAGUUGUAUUUGAAACAUGUCUCAGGUGUGUGUCAUAGAAGACAUCUCAGGCCUUUCAUUAAGCAGGGUGGGACGGCAUUAGUCAGAAGUUGAAAUGUGUGUGUCACGUUUGUAUAAUUUCACAUGCUCGAUUGGCUUACAAAGGACACUGGUGUGGGCAAAUCAAGUAUCGUGUGGAGAUUUGUGGAAGAUAGCUUUGAUCCCAACAUCAACCCAACAAUAGGAGCCUCAUUUAUGACCAAGACUGUACAGUAUCAAAAUGAGCUGCAUAAAUUCCUAAUUUGGGAUACAGCUGGACAGGAACGGUUUCGUGCUUUAGCUCCAAUGUACUAUAGAGGGUCAGCAGCUGCCAUUAUAGUUUAUGACAUCACAAAAGAGGAAACUUUCUCAACAUUAAAGAAUUGGGUUAAAGAGCUUCGACAACACGGACCUCCAAACAUUGUUGUAGCUAUUGCAGGAAAUAAAUGUGAUCUUAACGACGUAAGGGAAGUCAUGGAAAAAGAUGCUAAAGACUAUGCAGAUUCCAUUCAUGCAAUAUUUGUAGAGACAAGUGCGAAAAAUGCAAUAAACAUUAAUGAACUCUUUAUAGAAAUUAGUCGUAGAAUUCCAUCAACUGACACCAACCCCCCAUCUAGUGGUAAGGGCUUCAAACUUAGAAGACAGCCGUCGGUGACAAAGCGCAGCUGCUGUUGACUGAUCCAUUUGAAAAUCAGACUUGUUUAUACAGUAGGUGGUCUUGGAAGUUAAUAGUUCACGUUGGAUUUAUAUUAUCAGUCUUAGAUCUCUAUCUGCUGGUGUUCAUACACCCACGGUCCAGUAAAAAUGGACCAGUUCAUCUGACAUCUGUAUGCUCGCAGAAAAGACUGCCAUCGUAUGUCAGCCUGUUUACUUACAAAAAGUUGUAGUAUCUCUUGCAUUCAAAGGGAAUCCAUCAUCACUUCUUUGGCCUUGCUUAAAAGGAAGCUGACUAUGAAUGGUUGAACUGAAAUGUUUAGUAGUUUUGUAAUCGAGAUUGUGUUUUUUGUAAAAAGGGAAACGAGCACUUUUGUGGGACUUGGGGGUGGGUGGAAGGAGUCUGGAUUUUGAAGGUUACUGAGAUGUCGUUUCUUCCUUUUCUUCAGUGAGCCUUAUUUGAAAUGUUAAGUGUAGCUAAUCCAAAGUACAGUGGGACUGUUGGUUUUGAGGUGGCUACAGAAUAAGCAAAUGAAGGCAGAUAACAGUCAAAUCAGUCCGUCCACUCCCCAGAACCCAUUUGCACUUUUUAUUUAAAGAUAAGCAGCGGGGGUGGGGACACACACAACAGACCUUAAACCACAGACAAUCUUUUUUUCUGUGCUGACUUAAUCACUUUGAGGCAAACUGAUAUGUUUAUAGGCAUCUUGUUCUUACAGGUUUUUGGCAUUAAGUUGUUGGUCAAAGAAAGCCUAGUUGUAGUUCUGACUAAAUGAAGUGAUUACUGACUAAAAGCAGAUGCUGUAAACAGAUGCUUCCAAUAGUUCUGAUAAGACUUAUAAGAUUUGGGGGAAAGCCUUUAACUGCUUAGCAUGUGUAAAGUGUUCAUAUUAUAUUUAUGAGACCAGUGUUAAAAAUAUUAUAAAUUAUGUAAAAACAGUCUUUAAAAAAUUGCAGUCUUAUUCACUCCUUCCAUUCCACACCUACGGAUGCACUCCUGGGAUUCUCCAUCAGGUUUUUUUCUCCAGCAUCUUUUAGAUAUCAUUGCUGUAAUUUCAUCUAGAGACAGGCUGAAAUUAGUUCUCUUUAAAUCACGUUUGAAAGGUCCAAUAGAGGCUGCUGUUGGUACAGUGUGAGAUCUGUCUGUUGAACAGGUUUUCAUCUGUGGUGCACCCAGUCUUUUUUGUUUUGGGCACAAAAGUACAAAUAAAGAGUAACCUUAAGACACAUGGUAAUGUAGAUCAUUCCCUCUAAGUUCCUGGGCUUUUUUACCUGCUACGGUUGGGUUUUUGUUUCUUUUAUUGUUUUGGUGGUGGCUCUUCUUUCUUUCUCUCUUUUUUUUUUUUUCCUGCAAAUUCAGUGUUUAGCUUAUAUUGUGUUGGUUUUAGUAUGCUUGCAGUUAAACCAUAGAUUGACCAUACGGCCAUACCUUUUUGUGCUUUUUUUAUUUUCACUUUUUUGUUUCCUACUGGCACUAUUGAGGUUCUUUGAAAGUCUGAAGUACUCAAGUAUAUAGUAAUAUGUCAUUAAGCUUUAGUGUGAAAAGGAAGUUUGUUCUGUUUGCAAUCUGGCUUUCUAUCAUCUGAAGUAUUUUCUCUGAAGGAAACACAAAAGAUUUAGGAAAUGAAAGGACUUGUAAUUCAGCUUAGUUUGUACUAGUCAAAAUUCUUGUAGAGCUAUUACGGAGCAAAACAGCUAAACUAUUAGGAUGAGAUUUUAAUUGUAUGUUCUAAUGAAAUUUGGUGACUACAUUUUAUUUUUUACCAUGCCUUUGCUCAAUUAUGCCUUCUUUGCCACAGCUGUACAGGUUCAUGCUGAUAGAGUACCUAGGAAGUCUUUAUUUUCAUCAAAGGCUGUUUGAAACCUUUUUGUAAUGUUGGGCCUAAACAAAACAUCUGAUGGUAGAGGCAAAAAUCCAGUCAGUAUUUGGCUUGACACUGAUAUGUUGUUGUGUGUCACUGACAGCUAACAGUGUGUGAACAGAAAAAAAAUGUACUUGUGCAGAAUACCUGAUGGAAGCCUACAAAAUACGCAGUGGAAGUAGAAUCAGGGAAGAGAGAACAGACUAAGCCUGCUCUUAGACAUAUUUCUUAUUUUAAAAAGGUAGACUUGCAAUUGAAUGUGGAAUUUGCACCAGUGGCAGUCAUGGAAAUCGCUCAUUUCUUUGCAAUAUUUCAAUUAUUCUUCCUGGCAAAUAUUUAAAAUAUGAGUUGUGCUUCUCUAAGUAAAUUAGAUCUUUAAAACAUUUGGUGUCCAUGGUGCUUUAGAAGUCUAUACGAAAGUACUGCAGGCGCUGUAGUAUCUUAGCUGUGAUAUAAAAUAUUGCAUUUAUUUAAUAACUAAUCUAGAAAAUUUCUUGAAUUGAGAAAGGAAAAGGAAAAUCUUAUCAGGAUAUCUUCCAUGCAGGCUAGUAAAGAAGGGUUUUGAAACUUGCCACUUUAUUGUUACUGGUUUUUAGCACAGAAUAAAAAUUGAGUUUAAAUCUGCUUUUCACUGAAAUAAUAAAAAUGGUCUAAUCAUAUUUAUCCAAUAUUUAUUGACUUGAGAAGAAAAUAUUGGAUUCUAGGCUAGACUGAGAAGUGUGUUCAUACAGAGGUUGCUGUAGCUGUAACUCCAGUCAGGGUACCAUACUACUACACCCUUUCUAUUAACUCACUGAUACUAUAUAGUAUCUCUUAGGAAACCUUUAUAAACUACUUACUAAGUUAUUCUCAUUUAUUUAACACGUACCAGAAUUAGACUUCAAACAAGCAAAUUGGGGGGAAAGAAAAAUAUGUGAGAAUCAGCAUCAGCCAACUCUUGUCUCAUGUAACUAAACUGUGCCUCAGACUCGUUUUGUGUGCCUGUGUGCAGGUACAGAUCUGGGUGGAAAACAAGCAGACUUCAUAUCCUUCUUGCAGUUCUGAUCUUGAAUUACUCCAGUUAAUGAAACCAUGGAAAAGGCCAUUAUUUCAGAUUGCCCAAAUGUUGAAGUGAGGCUGCUUUUAAAGACUGUGCCUAUGUAAAAUGACAGACUGUUGAUGUAAGUUGGUUUGAGCCAAGAUAACUGUUUGUUGAUCAGUUGGCUUUAGCUGAAAGCUGACGUGCAGUCCUCUCUAGAUGAGACGCACAUGUUCAACGUCUCGUUUUCAUUGGAGGAAAAUGGUUUCUUCUGUAUUAGUUUUAGGCCAUCUGCUUUCAUUCUGUACUAAGCUCGCUGAAAUUAAUUAUAUUUUGUCCUAACAUAACUUCUCUAUUUGAAGGCAGUUUAGCCUUUGAGUGUUUGAAAUACUGAUAAUCAACCAUUUCAGCUAACUUCUUAAUAAUUUUAAGGAGUUGUUGAAUAAAAGCAGAAUAAAACUGAAGUCCUGAGGUUUGCCUUUCUCUUUAAUAAAUGGCACUCUUCACAGAGACUAGAUUUUAAAAUGCUAUAAAAGGGAAGUGAUUGCUGCACAAAGUUGUUUGAAGGGGCAAACAUCAGAUACGUAAAAAGGUAAUGAGCUGUGUGUUAUAUCACUGAUCCAGAGCAUUUUUUUAACUGACAGAAUAUUACCGUUUCCGCUUCUAAACAGUACCAACUCUCUCCUACAAAAGUAUACAUCUGUACAAAAAUGUCAUUUGAUAAACAGUUUAUUAUUUAGUUUUGGAGCUACUUCAAUGUGCCGCCUAAGCUUCGGAGGGAGUCUUCAUCAUUCCCUAUAAAUUCUCAGUCUCUUAAAUUACCUGUAAUGCUCUUGAUCUGUGCUGAGUAGUUUUGUAGUAUAUUUUAUGUACAUGUUCAAAGCUGGCAUGCUAAGUGCCUAGAUAGGUGAAAUGUGGAAGCUUGUGCUCAACAAAACACAGAGGCAUUUAGUAGCCAAACCACUGAAACUUGUAAUGGGUGCUUUAAAAAGUUCUAGGAGAAUUCUGACAACUUUUGCUGUUGGCAGGGAGGUAGAGACUUUUUAUAUUGUUAGACGUAUGUUGAAGCAAAACAAAUCAUUGCACUUUAAAUCCUCCUGACUUCAGUGAAACCUUUUCUGUAGGUGCCACACAGUAGCAGGCAGUUAACAGCUUAGGGGAGUGUUUAGCUUAAACUCAUUUUUAAUAUGUUGGUGUAUGUAAUACCAAUUUAAUGCUACCAGCCUGCUCAAGAAAAAAACUCUUAUGUGCUUGGGAAGAGAGUAAGAGGAGAGGAGCCAAUGUCUUCUUACUGAUCUGGAAUUGUGUUCCUUUAGCCUGGCCAAGAGAUGUGGGAUUCAUUGGAAAUUAUCCUCUUGAUUAAAGCUUCAUUUUAAUUAUUAAAAAAAAAAAAAAAAGCAUUUUUAAUUUCUUGAAUGGUUUAAAAAUUAGCACAAACAAGCUUUUUGUUUUGAUGCUAAUCCUAAAUUGUCCCUUAACAUUAGUGUUCAUAUUCAUUAUAACCUACUGAGUAUUAGUUGGGAAAGGAAGUUUUAUCGAUGUUUGAAUGAGUGUCUUGUGAAACUAUCUUUCCCUCACAGCAUCCUUCUGGACAAACUGUCCAACUGAGCUGAUAAACUGGCUUGAUGGUAGAACUCAAAAGUUUGUAGUAGAUGGAGCUACCUCUGGUCAGUGGCCAGUCCCUAGCAGCGUUCCCAGAGCUCGCUUCCAGAGCCAGUUCUGUUCAAUCAUUUUAUCAGCAAUCUGGGUGCAGGAGUGGAAUGCAAUCUCAGCGCAUUUGCUGAUGACAAUAAACUGGGAGGUGCUCAUGCCUGGAGGAAAGGAGACCUUGAAGAGGGAUUAGAUAGAUUGGAGCAUUGGGCAAUCAGCAGUGGCAUGAAUUUCAGCAACAGUAGAAUGCUGGGUGUUACACUUGUGACAGAGCAGUGCCACAUGCAGGAACAGACUGGGAGACAAGAAGCUGGAGAGAGCAGCUCAGCAGGAAGGGACCUGGGAGUGCUGGUGACAGCAGGCUUACAAUGAGCCAGCAGUGUGUCCUGGCAGCCAAGAGGGCAAACUGUGUUAUGGAGUGCAUUACACACAGCAUAGCUAGCUGGUCAAGAGGUGCAUCUCCUGCCAUAUUUAGAGUUGAUGUGGCCUCACCUUGGAUACUGUGUGCAGCUCUGGGCUCUGCAAGUUCUUAUCAAUUUAUCAAAAUUGGCUCAGGAAUUCUUAGUCCAGUGAUUGAUACCUGUUACUGGCAUUGGAGAACCAUGGACAAGACUGAGAGAGGAUCUUACCAACCCUUAUAAAGAUCUUCAGAGCAGAUGACAAGUGGCUCUUUUCAGUGGUGUCCAGUGACAGGACUUGGGGCAGUGGGCAAAAUGGGAACACAGGAAGUUCCGUAUGAAAUGGAGAAAAUACUUUUUAAUUUGAGGGUGAGGGAACACUGGAACAGCUGCCCAGAGAGUCUUCUCUGGAGAUACUCAAGACCUGCCUGAAUGCUUUUCUGAGCUUUAAAUCUUGGUUAGCCCUGAAGUGGUUAGGCAGUUCAACUCAAUGAUUUUUGUAUGUCCUUUACAACUGAACUAUUCUAUGUUCACAUCACAUCUCUAUUAAUAGAUCACAUCCCUGCUAAUGUUAGGCAACAGAAAAUUCAUAGAAGAUACUGUUGUCAAUUACUAAUCUAACAUUUUUUAGCAGUGUUUUAGAACAAAAGAAUGUCAGCUGACCUUUUCAGAGUUGUAUGACUCCAGCACAUCAAAAGAAAUAAGCUUGAAAUCUUUGUUUCUUAUGGCGGUGUUCAAGUGCCAAAAUGUAUUUCUCUGUAAUUGUUAGGCCUUCUGACGUCAACACUUAUUUUUAAAGUAUCCCUUUUGAUCUUCUGGUAGUCUUGAAGAUUUGCAUGUGAACUCUUUCUUAUCAGUUAUAAUCAAAAAUGUUUGACCUGCAAAAAUCGAAUAAGCAUUACCAGCCUGUCCAUGAAGUGUCACUGAUCAUUAGGUUUUUUUGAGGGAUAUUCGACUAUUCCACAUCCUGAGCAUAUUGAUGAGCUUCAUCUCUGACACACUGAAGUCAUCCUUUCCUUCUUUCCUUCCCCUCACAGGAGUUCUGGUAGCUCAGAGUUAUUUGAUGCCUCCUAUUUUACAUGGAAAAUCAAGGCACUAAGAUGAGUUUGUCCCUCUAAAAAUCGUUACAGCAUUUACUGAAACUGUCCUUAUUCUAAAACAGAAAAUUCCUAGAAGAAAUGGUUCUGCUCUUCUCAUUGCAUCAUCCUGUAAGUUAGGAGCUUUUAGUUGUUGCUUAAACACUAACUGUUUUACUCAAGAAAGUUGGGUUUUUCUUUGUUUCAUUCCUGUCAAUGUUUUUAAACGCGAAUUAAUGAACAAACCAACUGCUAUUCCUGUUCUAAUGCUGAUACAGACAAGCUUUUCUGCUGUUCUUUUCAUUUGAAUGGACAGAAGACGCCAUCCAGUUGUUGCUCUUAGGUUUGCUGCAUCUCAAACCCAUUGAUAAAUUCACUGCUGCUUUCUUGCCUCACUUUCACUCUUGUCACAGUGUGAAUUUCCUGUUAGUAAAUCCAUUAUGUUUUCUUGACUAUUCAGUCUUACAGCAUCAUGUGAAGUAUAGAAGUGAUUAACUUCUGUGCUUUGUAUUUCUGAGUAAAGUGCAUCCAGCAUUGAAACUGUGGCACAGUGAAUUGACAUAAGACACAGAAAUGGAGGAUAUUUAAGACUUCUUGGCAAUCUUCCCCCUUGCAGCCUCUCAUUUCCCAGUAUGACGAAGAAAAAAGGGAAUCAUUCUGGAAGUGUCUAAACAAAAACUUUACAUUUGCAUUUGUGUAUUCAGGGCACAAAAAUAACCUGGUAUGCAUUUAGCUCUUGUGGUGUGAUAAAUAUAUGCCUGUAAAAUCAAGCGUGAAGGUUAACUUUUGAAUCAGCAGUUCUUGUCCCUCUUAAGAACGAUCUGCCUUUUUCUUACGGUGUUGGGUUAACCUGUUAAAAAGAUGGAAGGGUCUGUGCCUUCUUACUGUAGUGUCUCUUACUGAAACAAACUAAAGCCGCUCAAAGUUGCAGAGCAUUUGCAGCACUGUAAACGGCACAAAUUUACUACCAUUGCUUCACUGCAUGAAACGUAGUCAGAUCACCAGUGAUGAAAUCUCACAGUGAUGAGUUCCCAAGCUAAUGAAUGUUCUGAGACUUUUCUAGUCUUCUCUUGGGCUGGUCCCGAGGGUGUGUACAGGUUUGUCUGUAUUGUUGGUUUGUAGAUGCUAAUGAGGAAAACCAGACUUUUGUUUUCUCCUUUUAUUUGUGUUGUUAUACUCCCACAUAGUGCAUAGAAUGAAAAUUAAGAAAUGUUGGUUUGGCAUAAUGUAAACGGCAUUUUCAGCUUACGCAUUCAUAAUAAACUUUUAUAGUGUAAUAACAUGCUAAAUCACUACCAGUCCGAUGUAUUGUGCAAAAAAGGUGUAAACAUUUUAUUAAUAAAAAGCUUUGUUUAUAAA